AUGGAUCCUCAUUGGAAGCGAUUAGAAGCUAGUGGUCGGCCUCCGCCUCCUGCUUCUUCAACAAACCAAAGAAUUGGUGGCAUUCCGCCUAUAGCCCCAGAUGUAAUUCAGUCACAAAUUGAGUAUUUACAGGCACUGCAAAUGCAACAGCAGUCUCAAGCGUUGGCUGAGAAUGAAAACUAUUCACAGGCAAACUUAACCUCUCCUUUUCAAGCAAACCCAUUUUCUAAUCCCACAAAACGGGAAAGCUUACUGUUACCAAGACUUAACCCAAUUGCUCCUAUUGGCGCACGUCAAAUGCAGUCUCCUCCAAGCGCUGCUUCAGCGGAAUUACAAAGUCCUUCGGUUAAAGCACGUACGGAAGCUUUAUUUAGUCCUGCCAAGGAGUCGUUUGAUACGUUUGGACCUGGUGCGCAUGUUACCAGUCACCGUUCCAACGUGAUGGGUGGAAUUCCCACAACUCGUAUUAGACGUCGUUCUUCCGUUGGAAAUGAGUCGCUCUCUCCUGUUUCACCAAAGAGUGCCAAUUUUUUAACACCAUUAAAACCAAUUGAAGGCAAUUUCGAAUGGCAACAGUCACCAAUGGAAUCACCUCUUUCUGCUCGCUCGCUUCAAGAAAGCAUUUACAUGGAACCUGAAUCUCCAACGACGCAUGUGCCUGUGCAGAUGCCGCUUUCCACUGCCUCUCAGCAGUCGUACAUUAAUCAUUCGACAGACGGUGCUUCUCUUCCACAAAGCUCUUUUUUGAAUUUUAAUAACUCUGGAAAACGGGUUUCGGUGUCUGCUGCUGCACAGCAACAUAAGAAUCUAUUUCUACCUUAUUUACCCCAAGCUUCCCUACCUAAAUUUAUCAGUACAGGGAGACUUCUUGUUGGAACAUUACAUAUAAACCGCAAAAAUCGGUCCGACGCAUAUGUCAUAACGGACGCUCUUGAUGAUUACAUUUUUAUUUGCGGAUCGAAAGACCGAAAUCGUACAUUGGAGGGUGACUUAGUUGCUGUUGAACUUCUUGACGUAAAUGAGAUACUCCAAACAAAGCGAGAAAAAGAAGAGAAGAAAAUUCGCCGAAAUCUUUCACUUUCUGGUACUUCAAAAUCAUCCGUGAAUAGUAAAGCAAAAAUGAUGUCUAUUAGUACGCCAAUGGCUUUGGGAAUGAACAAAGGAGCUUUGGCUUUCGAAAGAUCCAUCGAGAAGCGAAAGAAUGAUUAUGAAGUAACUGGACAAAGCCUUUCAUUUGUCGAUGACAUUUCUUUAAACCAAGACAAUCUUCCAAAGUAUGCCGGUCAUAUCGUUGCCAUUCUUGAUCGUCCAAGUGGAGAUACUUGUUCAGGUACGUUGGCAUUGUAUCGACCCAAUAGUCUUGCGUCGAAGAACCAGUCUUCUCAUCGUCGAAAUUCGUCAACUUCUAGUGGAGAAAGCGGUAAAGGUCCAAAAAUCGUUUGGUUUAAACCAAGUGAUAAACGGAUUCCACUGAUUGCUAUAUCUAGUGAUCAAGUUCCACCCAAAUUUUUCACUAACAAUGAUGAGUUUAAGGAUCAGGUUUUUUUAGCUGGCAUUAAGAGAUGGCCCACAACGUCUUUGCAUCCAUUUGGUACAUUAUACGAAAGCAUUGGAAAAGUGGGUGAUUCAAAUGUUGAAUUUACUGCUAUUCUUCACGACUAUAGUUGUCGUGUUUACGAGUUUCCUGAAUCGUUAUCUUACAGUAUAAAACGAUUACCCAGUCCUGUUUCUCCCGAAGAACUAAAUAAUCGAUACGAUUUACGAGAUAAGUUAACAUUCAUGGUGGGAACUCGUGACUACGCAAUUCACAUUGACACUGGUCCAUCUGAGGGUGUUAUCAUUUUAGGUUUUCAUGUGACAGACGUUGCUAGCAGUAUUAAGCAAGAUAUGCCCAUCGAUGAUGAGGCUGCCAAUCGUGUAGCCCAAGUUCAGCUUUUGCAAGGCUCUGUUCCUUUCUUACCGAAGAAAGUUACUGAGGAGGUGUCUCUUACAACAGGUCAUGAUUGCCUAACAAUCAGCAUUGUUAUACAAUUAGAUCUGAAAUCUGAAACCGUAUUACAGUGCUCUUUGGGACCUUCAGUAAUUCGCCCUUCAUCUUACAUCAGCCUUGAAACCGCUCAAGCCAAUAUACAAUCAAAUGAAGCUCUCCAGUUACUUGAGAAAAGUGCUAAAGUACUUACAAAACUAAGACUACAGACAAAAGAGGAUGUUGAUUUGCAACCUCUUUAUUGUUUUGGCUUCCUUGAUGACCAGCUUAGGAGCAUUCAAGAAUUAAAUAUGAAUGUUUUUGAAGCUUAUCCGGUUGUUUGUUCUUUGCAACAAAUUGAACACUGGAUCAAUGAGAAAACUGCUUCUCAUUUAAUGAGUAUUUUUCCGAACAAGGUAGUUCUGAGAAAGAACGCACGUCCAAGUAAUUUGGACGCUGCAAUUCGUGCAGCCCGCCGAGCCGGGUUCCCUCUUACGGCAGAAUCUUCAUCUACUGAUUUUAUGGCGGCUUUAGCAACUACAAAGGAUAAGAAUCUUCAGAGAUUACUACAACUAAGCUUAAAAAGACUAUCAUCAGAAUCAGAGUAUACGGUGGGUAUAUCUAACGAUAAAGAUGUAUCGCAUUUUGCUUUCGCUAGUCCUUGUUACACUCACUUUUGUCAUCCUACUCGUCGAUAUAUUGACAUUUGCGUGCAGCGCCAGCUUCACGAGGCUUUUGAAGGUCGUCCUGAUUUUUCAAAAGAUUAUAAAAGCUUGCUUUCAGUUACUCAGUCUUGUAAUACACUAAGUAACUUUUAUCGAUAUGCUCAAGAAAAGAGCAUCCAUGCCAAGCUUUGUGAAGUAGGCCAGAUAAUAAAUUCUCGCUCUGGUCUUAUUCAGUUGAAAGGUUUCGUAAUAGCCACUGACCAAUCUUUCAUUGAUUUAGUAGUUUACGAAUUGGGCUUAGAAAGAAGAAUUUAUUUGGAUCUCUUACCUCUGAAUAGCUGUGAUUUUAAUGACCAAACUGAGGAAUUAUCUUUUUCAUGGAGAAAGUCCUCUCCUUCUUUUUAUUACGCCACUUCUUCUUUAGAAAUUGACAGUACCUGCUAUAGUAACUUUAAGAAAAAAUUUUUGGAUUCCAAUGGGUCUUGCAAACAAACUUGCGAUUUGACAGGUCAUGGGUUACAUGAUUUGAUUAAUAUUGCUGAAAGUGCUGAGAAGAAUGAUAAAUCUUCCGAUACUUUGAAAUUAGACGCAUCUUCGGAAUCUUAUGAAGACGCUGCAGUUGAACGUCUUCAUAGUUUGCGUAUAAAAGAGCCCGAUUUUGUACAGACAAUUCGUCCUGGUCAGCAAGUGGAUGUUUUUAUGUUUGCUGACACUUCUUCUACGUAUUCACUUUCGUUACUCACCUUAAAAAAUCCGUUUUCCGACUAG